UAAAGGGUACUAAUUUUAAAAGAAACAAAAAUCGAAGGAAACAUGUCUCUCGUACCACUGUUUUUCCGCGACUGGUGGGAUGACUUUGAUCAUCCAAUGAGGCUCAUGGAUCAACAUUUUGGAAUGGGCUUAAAUCGAAAUGAUCUUUUAACCUCCUUACAUGCUACACCAUCAUUAUUCCGAGGAGGAUACUAUAGACCGUGGAGAAAUGAAAUUUCUGCUCAAGAUUCUGCUUCAACGAUCACUGCAGACGAAAACAAGUUUCAAGUGACUUUAGAUGUUCAGCAGUUCAAGCCCAAAGAAAUAACUGUGAAAACCAAGGAUAAUUUUGUGAUUGUAGAAGGCAAACAUGAAGAACAGCAAGAUGAACAUGGUUACAUAUCACGACAUUUUGUGAGGCGUUAUAUGCUGCCUGAAAAUCAUGAACCAGCUGAUGUCGUGUCCAGCUUGUCUUCAGAUGGUGUUUUGACCAUAACAGCCCCAAAACGAGCUUUGCCACCUGCAGAAUCUGAGAAAAAAGAAGCCAUUAAAUGA